GAGGAGGCGGGAGGGAGGGGGGUGUUGCAUGCUCACAGAGUGUGACAGAGAUAGAGCGAGAAAGCAAGGAAGCAGGCUCAGGGACAGAGAGGAGAGCACAGAGCUCCGAGAGAGGAGAUGGAGCACUGAGGCAGAGGCAGCAGGAAGGACUGAGAUCUGCACGCAAAUGUGAAUAGAAGAGAGACAGGAGGGAAUCAGUGGAGGUGGAAGAGGAGGAAAGGGAGGGGGGGAGUGAUGCCAGAUGAUGGAACCUAGAAACAGGUUGGACAGCUUUCCAUUCCUGCCCUCUGCAGCAGACAUGACUCUGGGCUCUGGACUGUGCCGAAAUUAGCCAGGGGGACGACGGCGGGCAGGACAGAGGGUCUUCGGAGAGCUGCCUCAGGUUCAGUCUUGCUGGAUGCAGUAAGGCAGCUGAUUUAUUACUGAGGGGCUGGGUGGCAGCGUGUUUGCAAGUGUGUGCGUGUGUGUGUGUGUGUGUGCAGGAUUUUAUGGGUCUGUGUGGCGCUCCAAGCUGCGGGGAGCGACCAUUCCUCCAGUCAUAAAGUGACAUUCAGCAGGCAGGAGCUUUGUGUUCUGGUGUGGGUCUGCAGUCCACCGUAGGAAGUAGGAGAGAGGGAGUCGGAGCUGUCAUCGAGCAUAAACUAUGUGUGUGUGCGCUUACGGUGAGCUUAGUCAAAGUGGAUCAGCUCUAUGUGUUGUGUGUGAGUGUUUAGGGUAGAGCAGCAAGGGUGCAGCAAAGACAAAGAUACACAAUGCAAGGACGAGUGGCGAAUGACACCAAUGGCCGAGAGUGCAGCUGAAGUACAAGGAGUGCCCCAGGGGUAGAAGGGGACGAAGGAGAGAGAGGGAGAGAGAACAGCUAGAGGACAGAAAGAGGAAAGUGGAACAGUGCGAGGGUGAUCAUGGCUGUCGUACAGUGAGCUAUAGCAUAUGCUGUAGCGCAGAGCGCUGCUGCAGGGGGGAGGACAAGCAUCACUGCACUGUGGAGGAGGUACUGGAGAGGUGGUGGGGGGGGGGAUGCAGUGAGUUCAGCACCCAGAAAGGGGACGCACCAUAGGACAGUCCCAGAAGAAGACACCAACGCCGAGACAAGAAGCCAGGUCAGCGAGUAGAGGUCAGAAAGGACCUGGUGCUCGGUUCAGCCGGUCAUAGGCUGGUCCUGCGGGCCAGAGGAAAGCCGAGGGUCCUGUUUCCUGUGACGCCGCUGCUGCCGGUCCAUCACCAUGGGAGAAUGGACUAUCCUGGAGAGGCUGCUGGAGGCAGCUGUCCAGCAGCACUCCACCAUGAUCGGGAGGAUCCUGCUGACAGUGGUGGUGAUCUUCCGUAUCCUCAUAGUCGGGAUAGUGGGCGAGAAGGUGUAUGAAGACGAGCAAAUCAUGUUUAUCUGCAACACCAUGCAGCCCGGCUGCAACCAGGCUUGCUACGACAAGGCGUUCCCCAUCUCGCACAUCCGCUACUGGGUCUUUCAGAUCAUCCUGGUGUGCACGCCGAGCCUGUGCUUCAUCACGUACUCCGUCCACCAGUCCGCCAAAGCGCGUGACCGCAGCUACUCCCUGCUCCACUCGCACAUGGACCACCACGGACACGGUCACCACGGUCGCCACCACGACCACCACGUUCGCAAACUGCACUCCCGCAACAUCAACGGCAUCCUGAUGCACCCCGAAAGCAAGGACGACCACGACAUGGACGUCAAGGAGAUCCCCAACGGACCCCGAGGGGCCCUUCCCACGCACAAAAGCUCCAAGGUGCGGCGGCAGGAAGGCAUCUCCCGCUUCUACGUCAUCCAGGUGGUGUUCCGCAACGCCUUGGAGAUCGGCUUCUUGGCCGGCCAGUACUUCCUGUACGGCUUUAACGUCCCGGGGAUGUUCGAGUGUGACCGCUACCCCUGUGUGAAGGAGGUGGAGUGCUACGUGUCUCGUCCGACGGAAAAAACUGUCUUCCUGGUCUUUAUGUUCGCUGUGAGCGGCAUAUGUGUGCUGCUCAACCUGGCCGAGCUCAACCACCUUGGAUGGAGGAAGAUAAAGACGGCCAUCCGGGGUGUGCAGGCCCGAAGGAAGUCCAUCUGCGAAGUACGCAAGAAGGACGUCUCACACCUGUCCCAGGCCCCGAACCUGGGCAGGACCCAGUCCAGUGAGUCAGCGUAUGUCUGACAGAGGCUUCUCCGCCUGGGAGCUCGAGGACCUUUGAAACUUUGGACGAGAGCUUUUCCCCGGCCUGCUCAGUAGGACACAAGACUGGCCACUGAACCCUGACUGGUCAAGCGCACAGACUCUGUGCAGUCACAACAACACGACAUGUCACCCAAAAGAGUUUUUGACACUUGAAGACAAAAAGAACCACCCGUGAAAACUUGUAUGUCCAGUUUUCUGACCUCUGACCUCUCCCUGGGUGACAUUAGGUGCUUUCAGAGAAACUAACACUGAAACUGAGCAUUUACAAAUAACACUGAGAUACUGUAAAGAUAGUCUGAGGUUGAAAAAUCUACAGUUCUUUCUUAGUUGCCUUUGCUGUAGGUCAGAAAAAGAAAGAUGAUGUAAUUUUUUCCAUAUGUGCAUAUGCAAGAGCUUACGCGAGUGCGUGCAUGCAUGCAUACGCAGGAGAGAGAGUGUGUGUGUGUGUGUGUGUGUGUGAAGCUGAAUGCUAAAUUAUUCUGAAUUACUGAAAGUAAGAUAGUUAUUUCUCAUUGUUGGAGAAUAGUCACUUGAUGGAUAAAUAAGCACCUUUUUUCUUAUACGACCAUAAUCUACGAGCACUAGAAUGACCCGUGUGAACUGGAACACAGUAUUUGUGUUGUAUUGUUGUUGUCGCUGCAGGAUUUUUGUUUUGGGGGGGAAAAAAGAAAAAAAAAAACGUCACACUUCGUCAUGUGCUUUGAUGGAUCAGAUGCCACAAAGAACACGGACUGACAAUGAGUUUUAUUUCCAACACUGUGUCGGUGCUCUUCGUUGCUCCCGGUGCCUCUGAGGUACGCCGUUUACGCUCAGAACCGAAAAACCACGCCAGUAUCCUUACGUCAGCUUGUAAAAUGCUCUCGCUGCCGAGGGCUUGUGAUGGAGUAAUUACACGCAGACCUUUUUUGAGUUAAAAGGAGGGAAAAU